AUGAGUAGCAGCGAGCAUACGACAGACACGGCGCCCCACGCGUCAGCAGUGGAGGCCGCCCCCAUCGCUGCUCCACUGCUGCCAAUGACGGAGCUGGCGAAAGGCGCAGUAGUCGCAGAGGGUCCAGUGCAUCAGAAGGUGGCCGCUGCCGAACAAAAUGGGGCUACAGCGAUGGAGGCACCUCCCUCUUCUCACUCCACAGGAGAGGCCAAGGCGCAGAGCGCCCUGGCGGCGGUUAUGAAUGUGCUCGACAGCGACGACGGUGAUGUGGGGCCUGCGAGGCCUGGCGGCACCUCUCUGCGCUCCCUGCAGAAGAUGUGCAUGCGCGUUCCGCAACUCUCCAACGAGCUUACUCGUCAGCAGCGGUUCCGGCUGUAUUGUCUGCUUCUUCUCGAGGACGGUGACGGUACAGCGGUGUCGAGUGAGGCACCUGGGCACGAAGACUGGACGACGUACACGCAACGGGCGCUGGAGACACACGUGCACGUGGCCAAGCAGGCUGCCGCCCUCUUCCCCGACUCUCACCACAUCACCACCGACGAGCUGGCGGGUCUCUUUUACCGCCUAGGCACGGACACAGCCUUCUAUUUCAACCCAGAGAUGAUCGAGGUCAUUCUGUGUGUAACGUACGUGGUGGCCGGUAGCGGUUCUACUGAAAAGAGUGUGCUGCUGCGCAUCCUCUAUCGAAUGCUGUGCGUACUGCAGAGCGAUUUCAUUAUGCCAACAGCCUCUCGCCUCUACGAGCCUGCGGCAGCGUCUUUGCUGCGAUUGAUGCUGCAGUUCUACGACCCUCAACUUGCCACCCACAUGGACCAGCAGCAGGUGGACAUUGGUAAGUACCUCUUGAACUGGUCGCGGCGCCUGCUGGUUCUGCAGUCCGACUAUGACACGGCGCUGAAGGUGUUGGACUGGGUGUUCAUCCUGGGCGACCCCGUCAUGGUCCCCUACGUGGCACACGCCUACCUCAUCACUCACCGUCAGUCACUCAUGAUGUUAAAGACAAAGCAGACGCUCGCGGAGCACCUCGACAAGAUGAAGUUCACGCUGCCAGCGUGCAAGGCUGACGCGAUUGACCCCGAGUUGGUGGACGGCCGCGCAACCGCCCCGAUACGUGUGUGGAGCGGAAAGUCGCUGUUGCAGAAUGCUGAUCUGCUUUACCGUGUCACGCCGCUCUCGACGCAGCGCAUGCUGGACUUUUGCCUCUUCCCGGACGUCGGUUUGCUGAACAAGACGCCGGAGGAGCUGCAACAGUACUAUGCCGAGACGCCAAUCCUGCCUCUCGAGCGGUCCGACAUCGCCUCUGCGUUCGCGAAGCGCGGCGCGGCAACAGAGGAAGGUGACUACAAGUUCCCCUCGCGCGAGUACGUUAUUGCCGACUGCCGUUCCCAGGAAAGUUUUGAGUAUGUGCGGCUGUCCACAGCCAUCCUCGUAGGGGAUGUGCUGAGCUACCACCACGAGCGCCUCGCGGAGGCGAUGCGGCGACUCGAGUCCUGCCGCGGGCACCCCCUUGCCCUCUAUGGCACCGGGCGGCCGAUCGUGGAGGAGGUAAACUUGCUGAAGAUGUUUGCGCUUUACCUUGUCAACCAAAAGGCGUUCCCGUUCGUGUGCAUCGUGCCAGGCGGCUUCAAGACGACCAUUCCGCUGCUCCGCAAUCACAUCAUCGAUGCCAUCAUGAGCCCCGCUGCAGCUACGGCGCUCGAGACUGCGACGAGCAAGCGAGGCGCAUUGAGCACCGAAUGGGCCCAAAAGGCGUCCAACACGGCGCAUACGAUCGCUGCCGCUUUCAGCGGUGUGUCGGACUACCUCGCGCAGGUGGAGGUGACUGAGGUGCGACAGAAGGCCCAGGAGCUGGGCACGAAGGCAAAGGAGGGCAUGACGGCAGCUGGUUCGUGGGGCUGGGGGAUGAUGAAGCGCUUCCGCGAGGGCCUCACGGAGACCCGCGAGCAGGCGUUGACAGCGCUAUCCUCCGCGGGCAGCAAGCUUGCAGCAGCUCAGACAGCAAGGGCUACCAACACCAAUUUAGCCCCCUCUUCUACAGCGGACCUUGGAUCCUCCUCUGCCACCGCUCCCUCCGCGGCAUCGAAAGGCUCCGCGAGUGGCGAAGCAGUUAUUCCAACAGCUACGGCUCAUCCUGCCGCCGCACCGUCAUGGCAGCACCCGCAGCAGGUUUUCUCGCUGGGCGAGGACGGCGAAGAAGAGGAUCUGGACCUCAUCACGUACAUCCCGGCUAGGGUGCCGCGAGGCACUGUGGUGGCGGAGUCGACACCGGUGGCAGCCGAGGUGGCGCUUUCAGCCUCUGGAGCAGCGUCCUCGGCGGCUGCUGUCUCCACACCAGAACGGCAGCGCUUUCCUGCCCCCGCCCCGUCCCCUGCAGUGAUGGCGUCGCCGAAGCUAGUGUCGUCUCCAACGUCCUCUGCUGCUCCAGCGGCAGCCAUGGCGGCAAACAGAGCGUCUGCAGCACUACUCGCUGCGGACAUUGACGCCGAGUUCGAUGAGCUCUUCGGCGACCUAACCGUUACGCCUGCAGCCGCGACGCGUGCGGUGAACGCCCCGCCGUCGUAG